AUGGACCUUAGAGGAAUUCCCUCUUUCUUCGUGUUUUCAAUAAAAGGAAGUAAUACACCGCGCUUGACUAGGGUAUUUUUUUUCAUCAAUUAAAUCCGAUAAAGAUCACAUGUUCCGGGUAAAUGUUCGCCCCAAGCUCUUCCAUGAAUGAACCAAUAAACCUUCCCCUGCCUCCCCCCCCAACGCUUGUACAGGAGGUAGAUUAUCAUAGCUUCCUGUUUUCCUAGGCUACCUUGUUUCCGCAGUUUCCCUGGAUGAUUAGAGCGCUACUCGUUCCCAUGGUUCACGUGAAGUUCCUCGGGUAUUGCAAGCCCUUGGUCCCCUAAGUUUGUCCCGUUGUUGGUCCUCGUACUUCUUGUGGCCGGUUUCUCCGGCGUCUGCUUGUUCUCUCCUCCCUUCAGGCAAGACCUUUCCUUCAGGCUUUCACGAUUUGUAUGACACUCAAGCAAUUCCCUGAAACGUUCCUGUACGAAAGUCCCUUAAAGAAAGUACAACCCAACAUGCAUGCCCCUCCUUUGCUGUUUACCAGGAGAUAGAGACUACAGUAUGGCGCAUUACCCUAUUGACUCUGAUAACUAUCAUCCCAAACAAAACUUUAUCUUAAGAAACUCACAUUGUAAUAUAGUUCCUAAUUUUUUCGAUGACGUUGCGAAAGUAUCCCGGGUGUGGCACACCCUAAGGCAGAACAGAUUGUCUUUUUAGUUAGUAAGCAACUAAAUCAAAGGCAUUUAAACCUUCAACAUCAAAUUUCUCCUUGUAAUAUCAAUGCUUUGUAAAACAGAGUGGUCAUGGGAAUUAAGGACAUGAUCACACAAGAUGAAUUUGCUUGAUAUUUUAUCAACUUCUCCCCACUACUUCUGAAGGAAUGACUAGGGGCAACAAAUGAGAAUUCAAAUUUUAAUCUUAGGGUUUAAAGGGUUAAAAUUUGACAAGUUCCUGAAAUGUAUUAUAAAACGUGACAGAAAAACAAUUUUAAAGAAAUGAUCACAAGACUGAAACAAACAUGAACACAACUCCACUUCAACUUCAACUUCAACUCGCCUUAAUUUCGAUGAACCUAUUAACUAUACAUAUGUCAGUCAAAUUGACAUUCCAUUGCUUUUAUUACUUUUGGCAUUUUUGCUGAGUUUAAGAGCUCCUUGUGGCCACGUUAGUUCUGUACAGAGACAAAGACGGUCUUCGUGGAGGUUUCCAUACUCAGUAAGACAAUCUGAAGAACAUUCGGCAACUGAAGUGUUUUUAGCACUUCAUUUGCCACAAAUCAUAGCCAGGAGAUCUGCGCAUACAGUUUAUUACUGAUGUCAACCGUGCGGAUAACAAAGAUCUUAGCCUCAGAUAAUGCAACUGUAGAUCAAGAAGCUGAUGUGCAUGUGCUGGUUGUUGAUCUAAAGCACGUCACGUACUGAGAAGAAAAGCGAAGAAGUCUCGCAGAUAGAAAAUCAGCUUAAGGUAAGCUUUUGUACAGAGCUUCAGUACCAUAGUAAUAACAAUCCCCACCUGAAAUUGUUUACUGUAAAAGGAAGCAAUGCUCGAGAAGCUGCAGCUUUUAGAUAACUGAAAAUCAGUUGAAAUAGUUCGUCUUUACCAUCAACGCUGCGUCCGAAACUUUCCUAACCCACAAGGUCUUUUAUUUCCUAAACGGUUCUACACUGGUAGGUGUAGGUUGAUUCAUUACCACAUCUCACUACAUUUUUGUUUUAAGUAUGGGUAUUACAUUAAUUAAGCUGACAAAGACAUCAGUUCCGUAGAAAUGAUGGUCGCUGCAAGCCUCUUCAAAAUGGUACCAUAGUCAUUAAUGUGACUUAAAAAUAACAAGACCUGACGGAAAAAGACAUAAAGGGCCGGCAAUUAUGACCACAAGCACUCCUUCAUAACCAGAAUUCAACGGUUUGUAGCUGUUUAUUACUGCAUGCACGAUUACCCUUUUAAACGAAGGUCAACCCUCUACGACAGAAACAUUCCGUUUCAACAAUUUUCUCCGUAAUGAAAAAUCUGUUCAAUUAUGGUACAUUGAUAAGGAAGUCAUAGUGCAUAGAUAACACACACAGUGAAAUUAGUGUUUGUGUGUUCAAAGUCCCUGGGGGGAGUUUUGAAUAAUCUAUUCUACAGGAUUGGCUCAUCAAAAGUAAAAUGAUCAAGGCUGUUAAAAACUGACAUGAAAAUGAAAGGGAGUAUGAAGAACAUGAAAACGUUCGUGUCAAAUCUAUACCAUGCCUUCUAACAGGGCUAAUGAAAAACUUUUGUCAGGAGCAGAAAAACGGCUAAAAUGAUCACCGUAAGUAAGCAAAUCCAAAGACAAUGACAAAAAUCCAAUAGGUUUGAAUAAACAGUCAACAUGAGAGUUACAAAACAAUACUUAUAGAGGCAACGUAAUUUAAUUUACAUGUCACUCGGUUGGCUAAAAAGUCGACAUUUUUGAUAUGAAAAAAACAACAGUGCAAUAACAAAACCCUGCUGGCCAAAAAAUUCUGUAAUGUAUCCCCUGCCGUCAAAUAAUGGAUUAACAUACAAAAGAAUGUGAACCUUUGCUCUUAAAUUUAGAACCAACGUGGAAGAGCAAGCAACUGGCGAUGAUGCGAUGAGCUGUUCGUUCGUCAUGAAGACCAACUCUAUCAAACAAUAUUUUUUCGUCCUUGGUACACUUUUUGCACUGCUUGGACUUGCAACAUCACAAGGUAAAUCUAGUUAGUUAGAGCUAAACUGCUCAAAUCAACUUCAGAUUGUUCGGUGCUUUGUCAGCUUUGUAAUUUGUACUUCGUCAAUAGUUCUGGUGUUGAUUGGGUCACCUCUCACAACUCUGAGCUGUUUUUUUAUUAUUUUUCCUAACGCCUUGUAUAUUGUUUAUCACCGCAAUAUUACAGUGCCACUCGCAACUGAUUUGCCAGUGUUUUGUUUUGUUCAAUAAACAUUGCUAUCGUUCAUCUGAAAUGUAAAAUAUACUAAUUGAUAUUGAAAUCAGCGACUAGAAAGCUCAUCGACCUUAAAAACUGAGGGCUGCUAAUAGACGCACCAACGUGACUCGCUAAAUUCGACUUCUUUUCCUCUGCAACGCGAAGUUACGCAAGGACUACUUUAGAGGGAAGUUCGAAGACAUGAAUUGUUUUCACACGCACAAGCUAUCUGUAGUUUUUCGUUACGGGGUCAGAGCUUGUUGGUGUAAUUACAAUUAUAUUUGCUAAAGCAAAUAUAAAUGUAACACACCAACAUUUUGCCUUAACUUUGUUCUUUUCGGGAAAGUAAUGAAAAUUGCCAAACAAGUUUCCUAUUAUCGAAAACAAAAGUGUUUUUAACAUAUUACAGACAUCUUCUAAUUUGAGGGCACUUAAAGCUGUUUUUAAUUACUAAAAAUGCACAGCUCAGCCGCUAAUGACUGUUAUUUUAAUGCACUGUUCACCAUUGUGAUAUACAAUUUGCCCCAUAAAAACAGUCAUACAUUUUGAGACCAGUGCUUUUGACAUGACAGCACACAACACAGACCACUUUUUGACACUUUCUUAUAACGGCAUGCGUUUCCGAAAGGUGGUUUCGCGCGCAGACUUCACACUCACAACGCAAAUUCAGUAAAAAUAUACCCGUCCGACAGUCUUAAUGGUCCUUGAUUGUACUGAGAUCAAUGGUAUAAUUCAAUUCAUUAACUGCGUUAGUUUUCAAAACCCGUAGAAUUACCAUUUAUGUUUCAUGACCAAGUUAGCGACAGCCCUUUGAAAACCGGUUAAACACUCAAGAAGACCUUAACCUCUAAACAUCGUUCUUUCUUUAACCUGAGACGUGAUUAUGCGAAGAGAGAUUUAUUCUCGCUAGCACCAGCGUUCGGCUAUAAUGCAAGAAGGUCCAAGAGACCUUUAGGUUAUCAAUGACAAUGCAUAAUCGCCAACGAGAGAUUUAUACUGCCUAACAUUACACUGAAACUGGUGACAGUUUUACAGUUCAGGGGCACCCAACGAGGAUGUAGUUCAAAACCACUUAACAUAGCAUUGUUGAACGUAUUUUAGUAUUCAAACGGUAGAUAUAGGCAUAUUUUUAUCCCCUAAAAACUUUUCAUCUGUUCGGAUUUCCUAGCUGCAAGUCUCUUGCCUUCUCGAAAAUUUCAGCCAGGAAAAGGCUCCCGAAAAUUCUAGGUGGCCUUUUUAGGGUCACAAUCCGUUAAAAAUGGGUAAUUAUACCAUUUUGUAAAAAAUCACCAUCUUUUGCAACAAAUGCGUUCUAAUCAAAUCGUCUUCCGAAAAAAUUGCCGUUGGGUGCCCAUAAAAAAUGUACUUUAAAUCACCAUCUUGCAUGAAAUUUCAUUUAAAUUGUAACACUGAAUUUAGGAGUUCAUCAAGAGAAUCAUCAAGUUAGAAUGAACUCCAACACCAUAAGAACGGCACCACAGCAAUGUUCUGUGCAUCUUUUAUGAAUAGUUAUCGCUCUCAUUCUCUAUUGACGGACUUUGACCAUAGCAUUCUAUCAUUGCCAACAUUAACCAUUAUGAAAAAACGUUAUCUGUAGCAUGCAUCCAGGUUUGGUUACGGAAUCGAAUCGGGCGUGAUAAAAUCUUCGUUUACAUGGGCAAUUUGCCAUCUACCUGUUAAUUAAAUUUCAGAUCAAUUGUCAGCUAAUCGGCCGUUGCUACAUAGAAAAGACAAGGCAUUUUUUUAUGCCUGAAGGUCUAAAUCAUACAACCUAAUACGCGUUCAACUGGCUUUGGUGUAGAGUUAGAGAAUUAAAGGAAUUAACCAGAAAAUCGACUGUUCAAGAGUAGUUGCGCUACGACAUAUGUGCGUCUACCUGGUACACGCGCGAUAUUCAGGAAAAAUAAAUCAAAUAAAUAAAUCAUUCAUAGAAAUUUAAUCAACACAAGUGACUCUUCUCCUACUGAUAACACUUGAAAACAAAUUUACAACACGAAUAAGAAAAUCAGAGAAAAUCGAUAUUAAAAAAAGAACAAUAUAUACAGUUAUGAAAAAAGUGAAGGUAUACAUAAUCAGCAAUGAAAGUAUGAAAUAAAAAUGUAAAAGUUGUCAUCUAGGCAUUCUGAUUAUUCUUUUGGUAUUUCUUAACCAAUAGACAAAAUUUGUUUGGGUCAUUUGCUGCCUUUUUAAUGUUGCUAGGCAAUAUAUGAACUACUUUAGGGCUUUUGUGUUGGUAAAUACCUGUUUCUUUUGGUCCAAUUGGAUUCUACUGGACUCACCCAUUUCUAUUCGUUGGAUGUUGUGUAGCUUGCUUGUCUCGUAAAGAACCGGGUAUUUCAGGACUACACUUCCGGCAGUGGAGUGUAUUGGACAUACUAAACGCGGGAGGACUGAGAAGAAGCUCCCUCUGACUAUUAUCUUCUGGUUUUUUUUGUCCAUGUUCAAAGUUUCUUUCAGCGCCCGCUUUAUACUUAAAGAGUUAAUGGUUCAUUUGUACGAUGACAUUAUAUGACUACAACUACCAGAAUCCUUCAGCUUGCUGUUUAUCUUAAAAUUAGGGCUAUUGUUUUAUAAAUCUUAGUAGGAUUGACAAAUUUGGAACAAAAGAGCGUUAACAUAAAAAGAGAGUUCAACUCUCACGGGAUUGGUUUGGAACACCAAAAUGGCCGCUGUGACGUCAAGUGAAAACGCUCUAUUCUGGUGGUUGUCUUUCAACCAUUUGACUUUUAAGGCGGGGGCGGUGGUUAUGGAUGACUUGAUCUGGGUAAGAAUUUUUUCCUUAAACCUCUGUUGAUGGAAUUUUUUUUCCCCGCCAUACAACUCCAUUGUAUGUCAGGUAUUUCCUUGCAAAAUUUUUUUUCCCUUGAAAUCAGUCUUCUUCCACCUCAAAAGUCAAAUGGUCGGCCCCUUAGCUCAUCGUGAAAAUGGCCUCUCAGUGCCAGGUUUAUAAAUUAAACAAUGUAAUCUGUGUUUUACUUUACUCUAUUUUCACCAGCAGCCCACAAGAAAGAUUACGAGCACAAGCUAAUCAACGAUUUGUUCUACGAUGGAUACAGAAAAGACGCUCUGCCUGUUAUGAACAAGUCAAUUGCAAUCGACGUCCACUUCGAUCUCGCAUACGCCCAACUAAUUAGCCUGGUAACGAAAUGACACCUAAGUCUAUUAUUUUUACCCAAGAGAGAAUAAUCGAACAGAGCGGAGGGAAUCUUAGGGCGUUGGCAAUGAUAUGUGAAUUUCACUAAAGUUAUUUUUAGAGAUUGUAAUUAAACUGAACUCUCACUCCGGAGACGUCCUCACAUUUUCAACUAUUGUUGGAAGCGAUUGUUGAACGCGUCAAAGCUAACAAUGCAAACUAUUGUAAUGGCGGCUGUUGAAUUCUUUCUUGACGACACUGAAUAAACGUUUGCGGACCUCUUCGGAAACCAGCUUGCAAUUAAUUUCAAGCGUUUAAUUGGUCUAAAAAUAACUUUGGUGAAAUUCACGUAUCCCAAGCGCUAGACUGAGCGUUUCCCUGUCCGUCCCAUUAUUCUCUCUUGUUUUACCCGAUUGAGAGAGAGAGAGAGCAAGAUUUUAUUCUUAAAGAAAUUGGUACUUAUUUAGGUUAUACAGGCUUGUGGUUUUGUAGAUUGGCAGAUUGCGUAUCAGUAGUUUGAAUAGACAAUUUUCAAGUAGCAAAAUGCCUCAAAAUGCCUCGCAUAAUUGUCCAGCUAAAAAUGAGUUUAAUUUGCAUGAGAAUAAAUAGAUACUUCGCAAGUGAGAGACUUCGCCGAAGUACGUUGUGUUUAAGCUGGGUAAAACGGCCAACUAGUACGUUCAACUUGUUUUUCAACAUCGCAGCAAAACGAGUUAACGCAUAACGUUACUUUUACUAACCACGUGUCAAACCUGUCUUGUAACAAUGAAGUUUUUGGAUGUUGUGUGAAUUUUGACUUCUGAUUGGAUAAAAUUGUACGCAGGAGUCACGCCAUGCCCGGGAGUUUCAUUACUUUCUGCAAAACAAGGUGGCCUUGGACCGGUAAAACGUGCAACAUGAACAAAUUUUGUUGCAAAAAGUAAAAAGUCUACCAUUUUACUUUCUGCAAAACUUUCCCAACAGCAACCUAAGUUGCAAGUUUUUGUGGUCCGUUUUACCCUACCUUGACUUUAAAAAAGAGGCUUAAAAAACAAGAAAUCAGCUAUUUGUUUAAGAAAUUGUAUUCGAUAAAACGCUCCCUUUUUCCAUCCAGUAAAACAAAAUUACCACAAAAAUCCUAGGUGUGCACAAAAAUUUUGCCUAUCUCGAGUUCCAAGAAAAACCCGUGAAUCAUCGUUCUAGAGUAUUCGGAGUUUAAUCGCUCUUGAGUAUUCUGAGUAUCGUUCUUCCGGAGUAUUCUGAGUAUCAUUGUUCUGGAGUAUUCUGAGUAUUAUCACUCUGGAGUAUUCUGAGUAUCUUUCUCUUUCAUAGGACAGCAAAAAUCAGAUAUUGUCCAGCAAGGUGUGGUUCAGACAGGUAAGUAAAAUCCAGUGUCUUACCAGACCUUUAAGUGACCGAGAAUAAUGUGCAAGGACACAAUAGGGCCAUUUAUACGAGGAAAAAUAAGACGCGUCUUACAUAAGACGCGUACUGUACCAUUUAUACGAGCAUGUCUUAUCUAAGACGAGAACAGCUCAUAUAAAUGGUUCGCGUCUUAUUUCUGUUCUUGACUCGUUUUCAUGUGGACGUCGCCCGUAGCAACGGCAAUCCAAGGUGGCGCGCCAAAAAUUAACGCAUGCGUACUAUGCGUUCGCGUCUUAUGUAAGACGCGAAGGUCAUUUAUACGAAGUUUUUCUCGUCUUAGCUAAGACGCGUCUUAUCUAAGAACAGGUGUUAAGGGCUGUUCUAAAAUAAGACGCGUCUUAGCUAAGCCGCGUCUUAUUUUAGACGAAAUAUGCCGUUUAUACGGAAAGUUCGCGUCUUAUUUAAGACGCGUCCUAUGUAAGACGCGUCUUAUUUUCCUCGUAUAAAUGGCCCUAAUGUGAUGGUAAGGCCAAAUAGCCUAUGCCAUUUAACGUAAGGUUUACUGGUCGUGUCUACAUUUCAAAGUGUCAUCGUUUCCAAGCAAAAACAAUAUUUCUUAGCACCAACCUCAACACUUUUUGGGACAAAGUUGAAAUCAGGUCGUUUUUACAGCACUUAAGUUGUGGUCUUGUGCAACAUUGUGAAGAGGAGUAGGUGUUCGACCCUUUUCUAAGUCAAGUGACCCAACGAUUUUAACAGUUGGACAAAAGACUGAGGUUGAGGCAACGCUUACUUUCAUGAAUUCGACAUUUAGAAAAACCUAUCCUGUCUGUAAGGGUUUAAGACUUACGAGUUCCUCAAAAUGUUUGCUUACAUAUGAGACUUUCCCUUCUUUUUCUUUCCUACUGCAGAUGUGGACCAACCCAUUCCUACAAUGGGACCCAGCUAAGUAUGGCGGCAUACAAUUCAUUAAUAUUGACCCUAAACUAAUUUGGAAGCCAGACAUCAUCCUCUACAACAAGUAAGUGUAUUUCUGUAGAUUUUGGGGCAUGGGGCGGGAAUUUGCCAAACGUGCGAAAAUCUCAAUUGCUUUGGUUUUCGAGAAAACGCAUGUAUUGCUUUCGCUGGUAAACAAAUAAUCUAACCAAACUAACACUUUCACCCUUCACUCCCGGAGUUACUGAUGGAGUCGUGUAAGGUGGUUAUGGCUAAUGACUUAUGAGUCUGACAGAUGGAGUCCUAUGGCAAGACGAUUCAAAUGAAACAUCUUCAGUAGUACUCUCACAUGGUACUACUUGGUUUUCGAAUUUUUACAAAAUGAAGUUUGGAACUGAUGUUGAAUUUUCCCCACUUUUGGGGGUGAAAAAGUUAAUUUAAAAAAACACUAUAUGAAGCCCAGCUGGUGGGAGGCACAACCAGUGGCUACAGAGUGUAUUCACAAGCUAGACGCGCCGAAGAGUUACACUCAGAACUUCCAAGAAACCACUCCAGCAUGUGGUCAACGUGAUUACAAGACACAGAAAAAAAACCUCAAAAAAGAAGUCGAAGAAGAAACAAAAGAGAUUCUCCUUUAAAAAGGUCAAACUCACAGGCUUCCUUAAACAACAAUGAAAUUAUUUUGUCUUUUGCUUUUUUAGCAUUGGCUUUGGUCAAACAGGCGCAAUAUAUAACUACGAUACCAAGGCAGUUAUGAACCACACUGGCUAUACAGAGUGGUUUGCUCCAACAGAAAUACACAGCAUUUGUAAAAUCGACAUUGGCUUUUUCCCAUUUGAUGAGCAGAAAUGUCCUUUAGUUUUUGGUUCCUGGACAUACACGGGUGAGAAUUUUCAAGACUUUUUCACACCAAUAGUGUUAACAUAUAUUUUAGAAGCAAAAACAGGAAAUAUGUUAAUUGCAAGUGCGUGUAAAAGAUGCAAUCUGAAUUUACAAGCUAAGGAAGAGGGACAUGGCGAGACAAAGUGACAUUGAUCUCAAUGGAAGUCGACGAAUGACGAUGACGAUGUCGAUGAUGAUCGACUUUAACUUUUGUGUCUUUAACUUUAUGUCGGAUGUUUGCUUCAUUUAUGCCAAAAUAUUUAACACCUGAACCAUUUUCAAAAACAAAAAGUAAGUCUUCAAACCGCUCGGGCAAAUAUGAGAGUAGCGAAAGUGUCAGUCAGUCGGAAAAUGUGUUCUUUUCAUUGACAGGAAACAAGCUCAACCUCACCAACAAGCGUGAUGCUGCAGACCUAACCAAAUACACCGUAAGCGGCGAAUGGGAAUUACUGGAUGCCCCUCUAAAGCGGAAUGUGGUCACAUACAGUUGCUGUCCACACCCUUUCGUUGAUAUCACGUACACGAUUCACGUGAAGCGGAGGGUUCUCUUCUACAUGAUGAAUCUGAUCGUGCCAUGCAUCGUUCUGGCUGUCUUGACCGUCUUCUCAUUCUACUUGCCACCCGAAUCUGGAGAGCGAAUGGGACUUGUCAUAACUAUUUUACUGGGACUGACUGUAUUCAUGAUGGUGUUUACAGAAAAUGUGCCGAGAACUUCCGAGGUGACGCCACUGAUAGGCAAGUAUUCCGUUACUGUUCUGGUGCAGGUGACCGUCGCCCUGGUCGUGACUUGCUCCAUUUUGAGAGUGUAUCACCGCGAUCCUGAAAGAGAGAUGCCCAAAUGGUUCCGCAGGCUUAUUUUCGAUAUUCUUGGUCCCAUGUUGCUUGCCAUGCCGUCCGACGAGCGCAUAAAGAUGAAGCGUGAGGAUAAAGGAAGAAAGUUCUACGCGACUAAAGUGCAAGGUGCUCCUUACGAAAUUCACCGCAGCCAGAAUCAUUUGGUUGUGUCCAUGCCAAAGAUCACGGGCCCAAAGAAAGGCGAUUCGGAAGUGCAUUCACCGCGCGACAGCAAAUGCUUUCUCACCUCCAUGGGAUCUAAUGUUUCGCUGACACCCUCGGAUGAGCGGAUGGAAGAGAUCGUCUAUGGCAUGCGAUCCAUCGUUGCUCAUUUGAAAGAAACGCAAGAGACGGAAGAAAAAGUGAGUGAUUGGCAUCACGCAGCUGCCGUCCUUGACGUUGCUUUCUUUUGGUUGACAGCUAUUACCAUACUAGGAUCAACGCUGGCCUUCUAUUUCAUGAUUCCCAACUAACCUCAUGAAGUGUCUACUCAUGGCUUGCUAUUAAAAGCUAAUGAGGCUGGAAGAAAACCUAACACCGUUAAGCCCCAUUUAAAUGGAGAAAAGUUAUCCUAAGUAGAAGGGUCAUCUACCCUGGGCAAACCAACUCUUGAUAAAUUUCCUUACAAAACGUGGCGAACAGUUUACACGAGGAACAAAAACUUGGCUCGGCUAGAAGGGUGACCCCCUUUUGGUAGGGUCACCCUCCUAGUUGGGACAACUUUUCUCCAUAUUAACACCUCGGCUUGCCCAGCCAGGUCAACUCGGUCGAGGCGAGGUAAUCGGAGCAUGCGCGAGUGCUGUUGGCUUGGGCAAGGGGGUCAAAUUUUUUUCCGAUAUGAACGCUCGCUAAAGUUGACUCGGCUGGGAGGAUGACCCCUUCUACCCGGUAGAAGUUGUGGAUCAUUAUACCUUUCCGGGAAACUGCCCACCUACUCCUCCCCUAAUCCAACAUUAACAAUCACUUCUCACUUAGGACAAAAUGUUGGCUUAGGGGAGGGGUAGGUGGGCAGUUUCCCCAGAAACGUACUUUGUUUUCUCCAUAUAAAAAGGGCCUUAUUCGCACAGGAUGCAUCAUUAAGGGCCAGUUAGUCAAAUAGCCUAGGUGCAUUAGUUUCGUCAGAGUAAAUUUCUGUCAGGCCCAGAAUGCUAGGAUUUCCACAUUGCAGACCGUCAUCGUUUACUUCUCGUGGCCACUAAGGCCACAAGUCUUGAAAGCAACUGGGAAAAGUAACAAAACAAUAGGCACUCGCUGCUAUAGGAAUUAACAUCUUAACCAAAGCACCGUCUCAAAAUUCAUUUCUUUAGAUCUUUGUUACGGUUGAAUGUCUAGAGUAGUGCGCGAUACAUUUAGUUGUCGGUCAGUGCUACGCCCACCGAUCGGUUAAAUACUUUAAGAAACGUUCAUCUUUAAAGAGUAGGAACCUUUCAGUUUUAUUAAAAGAUAAUUUUGCAUUCUUGUUUCAGUGCUUUUCUUCUCAGUCUAUCGCCUUCACUUGAACUAACGCCGCCCGCUAGUGGCCCAAAUGAGCAAACAUGUUCGUAAAAUCAACAAAAAUGGGGCGUUGAUUUGAUUAUUGCUAUUUUGUUACCGUUACUGGUUCGGAUUUCGAAGAAGGCCCAUAACUUAAAAACUAAACCUUUGUUAGGUCGUUGUUAUGCUUUUGCUCUUAUUUCUAAACGCAACAACGAUAAAGCAAAGAACCUGCUUAUGUAGUAGUAGCACUAUGUUUCUUACAAAUUAAAUCAGCGCUUCACCAAAUACGCGCCGCUUAGUUAAGUCAGGGCAUCUAAUAUUAAGCGCCGCGGUUCUUUAUUGGUAUCCCCUCUACAGUGAUUGCCUUUGUCCUUUUGUGAGAUCACUGUAGCAACUACAAAGGUGUUCUAGGGCCUCUUUCCCCAGUCCUAGCCCGUUUUUCACGCGCUAGCUUGCUUAUCGUCCUUCAACUGAGGACCUGGAACAGGCUAAUGAAGAGUUUGUUAUUGCAGCGGUAGGAUUCACAAGCAAACCUUGGCCCCUGAACUUAAAUUUCAGUGCACUUUGUUAUGUUUCCCUACUGUCGUCCCCUACAAAACAACAGACUCCUGAUAGACUCCAGAGAUUUUGUAAAGACCAUGAAGACAUCACCGUUCACGGAUUUCUUUUCUAUUUUUUUUUCUUAAAUGUCAUUCCUUUUUUUUCUCUCUACGUGAAAAUCGUCCGCCUACGAAUCUACGCACGAGACAAUGACAUUAAGGCCACAGCCACAUGAAACUGUAUGUUUUUUUGAAACCAAUGAAUCAGCUCACAGAAAUCACAUCUUUUUAAAACUCCUCUAGAGAGUGGUUUAAGGUGAUGCUACACGGGACGAUUCGCAACGACAAAAUUUAGCGCAACGCAACGUUGCAACGUUGUUGCAAUAUUGUUUCGAACAGCUACAACAUUGUCUUAACAUUGCAACGCUGUGUUCCGCUAAAAAUCGUCGUUGCAAGUCGUCCCGUGUAACACCACCUUUCGGGCCCUGGGUAACAAAAUAUGGGGUUUCAAGUCCUGAUUCGUGAGGACAAGGCCUAAUAAUUUUCAUUAUCACGGAUUAAAAAAUAACCAAAACUUUUCGAUCUGAAAAUUUUUUAUCUCGCCUAAACGAAAAAUUACUACUGAAGAAGUUUAGCUAAGUUCAUAAACUUUUCAACUUUUCAGUUCUUAUUGAUUUUGUUUAGUUGAUAAAAAUUCUAAACGCUUUAUGUUUAUCUUUAAUACUUACGUAAUGACUUGGUUCUGACACAGAAACCAAAUUUACAAUGAUUGAUCAAAACAAUUUUGGCCGUUUUUCGCCUUUUGUUUCCUCGCAACAUGAUUAAUUGUUCGCCAUCUUGGCGGGGCAGAAAUGAAUGCCGAGCCAGCGCCGUUAAUUUAAUUAGCGUUCACCUUUUAACCGUCGGAACUCUUAUAAGAUCGCGGUUAAGAGAAACAAAAACACAAAAGGGUUGCAAAAGAGUUAUUGUUUGUAAUGGAACGCGUCCAACAAAGGAGUUUUACAGUCAGAGCUUCAGUUAUUCUGUUACAAAAAUGCCUAUUGGCUGAAGCAUUUUUUGACCCGCUGAUAUGGGCGCAGAAAAAGAACAAUUGUUCGAGUUUAAGUGCCAUUUGAAUGCAGAAGUGAGGCUGUUUUGUAUAUUUUGAAGCGUGUUACUUUAGUCUGUGAUUCUUAUCUGUUCUUAUGCGAGCUCCAGAUAUGUUCCCUUUUGGACCACUAUUCGCACUGACAAUAGUGUACUUUCUCAAAGUAUCUGCCGGUAAGUUUUUGCAUUCCUAAAUGAAAAUUACCGUCGAAUGCUUGCUUGUAGCUUCAGUUGCUAAACUUAUAUUGUUUAUAUUUUUAGCUUAUUAAUUAAACAGAUUGUUUUGAAUUUGAACUGCCAUUUUCCGUUGUUUCUGGCUUAUAAAAAUCACAGGAAGUAGUGGCAGUAAAUGAGCAGGUUCUUCUUGUCUGUUGUCUGAUUAGUUGAGGCGCUUUAACGUCUAUACAACACAACGCAUCAUUGGGUCGUUUCAAUUCUUAAGCUAGCUAGAUAAAAUAAACCAUGUGAGAUGUUUCUGUUAAAGAAACAGACGGUUCUGGGUCCUUGUAAUUACUUGCAACAUUCGGUAUAGAGUACCCUUGACCUGUAAACAACUUGCUAAUAAUCAAUAAUUAUCACCGGCUGUGGUCCUAGUCUGUAGUAACUCUCAUAACGAAAGACAGUACACUUUUGGUACUCAACAAGUUAAAUGGUGGUCUCGACAGAAGCGUAGCGAGAGGUAAUGAUUAACACAACGAUUUUGCACUUCAAAACCGACCACUAUGAUAAACGAAUUUCAGUUAACGUACAAAUGAAUGCCAACAACUUCGAAGCACCAUUUAAUUAAAAGUAAUUUUUCCAGAUAAGAUCAGAGCCGGAAAGUUAUGACAAACCAACGCUCCGCUUGCGCCUUCGUCUGACUAUACUGUAUUAUGACAACGUAAGGCGAUGAAACUAAGAGUAACAUAAAGUAGGGAUAAUCAUCGGCCAGUACAGAUCAACAGUUAGUAGCCAAACUUAUGGGGUUCGAUAGAUAAGUGCAAGCUUCCGUAACAAAUUUUUCCAUUCCACCCGUCUACAUAUGCGACAUCUAAUUUGUCUGUUCUUUUCACAAGGUUAUAUUAAAAACUUCUCGGCGUUUAAAGAUUUUUGGAUUUUCAGAUGCUUUUUACGAAUUAGCUCAUGUAUGUAGACGUUGAAUAAGACACAAAGCAUAGGCAUAACACAGCUCACGUUAUGCACAAUGAAGGCGAAGGACAAAACAGCUACACCACAAUCAAUUUGUUGCAAAUUUUUUUUCUUUUUUUUUUUUUGUCUUUUUUUCCAAGCAGUAACUACUUUCUAAUAAAAUGGCUAGCGAAUUCUCGGAAUAUUCCUGUGGUGGUAUCUGUCUUAGCAUGUCACGAGCAUUGGACAAACUGACGAGAUUCCAGUCGAGAUUCGAACCGUAACAUUCCUUAAACAGGGCGGACGAUCUAACCAGCUGAGUUAUAAAGAGGCCCACAGGUUUAUGUGGGUGACACGCGUCCUGCCAACUGCUAGGAUCCGUAGUGUCUUAUGCCGGUACUAAUUGUCUUCGUUUCAAGCAAUCACGCUUUUAUGACAGGCUGGUUUUCAAUCCAACCUUGUAGGUAGUUUGUACCUUGUAUGAGACAAAGUAAAUGUGAAAACAUAAAAACCAGUCAUCGGGGUAACUGUCACGAAAUAAUGAAGAUAAAUUGAAAAGUAGUUAUCCUGUUUACGAGUCUCUUUGAUUAGUUCCUGAGGGCAUAAGAACUGGGUCACUAAGCAAUUGUUGAUAAUAUCUGCAUCGCAUAGGGUUUGCACAUUUUAAACCCCUUUGAAAGCACCUGACAUUGCUGGUUUGAGGGGUUGAACUGGCAACUGUGUAUAGGGAAGAGGGUCAGUCAAUCCAUCAACCCUUGCCGUUCCCAGAAUUCAAUACUAUGAGAUCUUGACUGCUAAAAUAAAUGUUUGCUGAUUUGGGGUGUGUAAAUUAACUUAAGCCUUCUUCAAUAGUAUUAAUUUCUUCUUUAGAGCACUUUUUUUUCAUUACUUCAUUAAGUUGUAGAAGUUAGACGCACUAAUCCAGCUCAAACCAAAGAAACAUGUUCUUUAAAAGUGUAAACUUUUGCAAAUUUCAACUGAAUAGUUUAAAAUCACCGUUGUUGUAAACUAACAGGCGACGCCACGUCCGACACUAGCGGACAUUUUUGCGCGUUGGCGUGAUUGUCUGUUUGUACCCUGAGGAAAAAAGCCGCGAGUUGUCCGUACUCUGUGUAGCUGUUUCAGUCAAGCAAAUUUUUUCGGCAAGUAAAUUUUGUGUUUAUAGUGUUAAUAACUGCCAUGAGCAAAACAUUCGUUCACUUUGAGAAAUGAACCAAAAAUAACGCUGUGCCAGAAUUGUUCUGUUCGGCUGAACGUACAUGUAACAUCAUACAAAAAGCUCUUCUAAGCCGUUUGUUCCCUUGGCCGCUGUGUGAGAAGUUGCAUUUCUUGUUUAUUUAACAUAUACACUCGGGUUUUGCAUGCUUCCUUUAAAUGAAAUUAUCCUGCUAUUAGCUUUUCUAGAAGAAUAUUAAAUAAACCAAAAGAGUCUGAAUUGUUUUUUAAACAUAUCAUUGUGCUUCAUUAACAAUCAAUAGAGUACUAAAGUGAUGACGUCAUAAAACCAACUGUGUAUUGAACAGUAGGUGGUUCGGUAACAAGCAGGUCGCUACCUGCUGUGGGUAAAAACACAGUCGACAAACAAAAAUACCGAAGGAUAUGUAAACAUCUGAAUCUGCUUAAGGAGUUCUUUGCAAUAGGUCUAAGUCUAAAAAAGUCAUAAUUUUUUAUGGUAAUAUAGUUUUUGCAAUUUAUCAUUUGAAAAUGUUGUUGAAAAAUGGAACCGUGGAAUACCAGUAACCCUGAAAGUAUGGCACUUAACAAUGGAACUCACACUUAAAAAUAUACAUUUAAAGCACCAUCCACACUGUCUUUACUUUCAAGCUUCCUAGCCAGAAACAACAGUACUCUUUAAGUAAUGAUCCGGGUAAGGUGGAUAGCAAUUUCUUUUGUUAUGCGGCAACGGUGCUUUCCCCACAUAGGAAUGUUCUCAUUUUUACACAGAGAAUGCAUAAACCUACAUGAAGGCCGUUUACGCAAUAAAAUGCAUUUACACUCCACUUUGAAAGAGUGUUUUUUUGCGUUAAAAGAUUUUGACCAAUCACAAGAGUUGAAAACAAUAGCCAAGAAAAGUUUACAAUUUUACAUGUUCCCCACAUAGGAUUUCUUUGUUAUUCAAACUGACACCAGAUUUUGUUAUAUGGAAGAUGGUUGGAAAGUAAGGAUGAAUAUAUGUACUGCUUUAUGAAGUUUUGUUAACUUUUUCUGUUUAAGCCAAUCAGAAGUAAGUACAGACAAUAGAAAAGUUAGCACCUUUUUUGCAUUCCAAAAUGUUCGUUGCUGUUGUUGCAAUCGUUCUUAUCUGGACCGUUUCUUAAUAUGCCAUCUUGCUUCUAUUUACUAGGUACCCCAGUAAUGUAAAUGAAAUAUUUGCCAUUAAAUAUGAAAGCUGCAUAGCAGUUAAAUACUGUUUUGAACUUCUGUUACUAUUCUACCAAAAUUAUUAGAACUUUGACAUCUAACAUCAUUGUUUUCAGAUAGAGAUUUUCACUGACUAUGAACAGUGAACCAUAUUUGAGUCUCCAGUUCAGGGACUGGUGACUAGUGAUUUUUCAAGCCAGUUAAUUCUCAUCCUCAGGGCCCACUCAUUGGCUUUUCUAGGCUCAGGGGCCUGAGCACAAGUCUCAGAGGAGACACAGAAUCUUAUAAUAUUUAGAGCCACCUUGGGCCUCCCCCGCCUACUGGCAAGAGGUCCUUAUUAGCCAAAAUAGAGAGCUUGCAACAAACGAGACUCUUGUUACUAAUUUUGUCUUCUUGUGGUAAAUUGCCCAGUGAAUUUAUGACCCCCCCCCAAAAAAAAAAUCUUGUAAGGCAGUGACCAGGAUUCAUAUACAUAGAAUGGUCAGGAAAUGAAAAAGCAUUAUUAUUUUUGUCUAUUUAUUUAUUUUUAUUUUUGCUGAUUGAGUGAGCCACUCACCACCUUCCCCAAGGCCUUACCACUGAUCUUUUAGUAUAGUAGUUAUUCUACUGCUGUGUAAUAAUAGAAAACCAUAAAUGAGUUUUUAUAACUUUUAGGUCAGCCUCACCUUGAUCCAGAGCACCGCCUCUUGCGGGAUGUGUUCGCGAAUUACAGCAAGGAAGUGAGACCCAUCAUUAGCAAGGAUAAACCAGUGGUUGUUAACUUUGAUAUGAUGUUCAGUCAGCUAGUGGAACUGGUAAGUGCAUCAGGGUCAUACUAAAAAGAAACCACAACAGGACAAUGGAAUCUUGAGUCACACUGUCUUUUAUUAAAUCAAUGACUGAGUAUUACAACUAGCCCUGGCCACUUAGUAAGUUAUGUGUCUUUCUUAUGCAACAAGGACCUGUUUUCACAGAAAAAACAAGGCCUAUUAUUUGCAACAGACUGGUGUCAGACUCUUGUUGACAAUCAUGUACAGGGAUGUAGCCAAGAAAAAGCCAAAAAGGUUUUUUUAUUAGUCAAGCCCGCUUUUUUACGCAACAGAACCUUAAAAUUACAUCAUGUCUUCAUUUCCCAGAGCAAUUUGAGCUGGUGGUAAGCUCUUUUUCAGCCAGUGAAAUUAACCAGCAGCCAGCGCUCCGCAAUGACUUUCUUAUUGUCGGUCUUAUUACAGAAUGGACGCAGCCAGAUUAUGACAAGCAAAGUAUGGAUCAGACAGGUAUAACACAAAUGUCUUCUCUACACCUGAACCCUGUGAUUUUGGGAGAAGGGAAGGGUUGGGAAGGGUACCCAGCCCAGGAGAGGCACUCAUUUAUUUUACCUAGAUGGGAAUGUGCCCCCAGGAUGGGCUACCCAGAUAUACAAGCAAGAUGGAGACAGAAGGUCUUAUUAUGUUCACACCCUAAUUUGACAUUUAUUUUGGUUUGAAAAUUUUUUGCCUAAUGUUUUUACAGUCUGACAUGAUGCUCAGGAUUGUAAAAAAAUGCUCCUAUCGACACAUUCUCACUGUUGGAAAAAACAGAUUUUCAGAUUUACUUAUUUAUUUAUUAUUUUAUUCUUUCUUUUUUUUUUGCACUUUUUCAAGAGGAUGCAACAAAAAUCACAAUAAAUUACAAAAGCAAGACAAAAUGUAGAACAAAAAAUAACAGAAAUCAUGAAAGGCGAAAUUUGAAAUGUACACAGUAACCAAAGGAGCUUCGGCUUUUGAGAUGGUCACAGAAGUUGGUUGAUAAAAUGGGACUGAUAUGGUUUCCAAAAUACCAAGGUUGGAUUCAAUGGUUGGAUCACAGGAGGAAAUUCAAAAUACCUAGCCACUUGGCGGAACGUUUUAAAGAACGGCCUAUGGCCAAAUUUCGGAACACUCCGCCAUCUUUAACAUUUGAAUCGCCUAAUGUGUAUUGCCUUGCUAUUUUAUAAAGCGUUCCGACAAGUGGCAGGGUAUUCUGAAGUUGUUUUAAUGUGUUUAGCGACUGACCAUUCUCCGAGCUUUCAUAUCCACCUGAUGUUAAAUAAAAUUCUCCUGCAAACACGGAUGCAAAACCUGCAAACACAGUCAAAUCAGGAUCGCGCGCCGCCAUUUUGGAUCUUGCUUAGCAGCCUAGCCUCCUCUUCCAUUUGGCGGGAAACUUGGGGCGCUUUUUGGGCGUUUUUCCAUUUGUUUGGCAGGCCAGACCAGUCCAGUUGUAAGGAGAAUUUCAAUAUUAAUCACUAUACAUUAGUCAUCCAAACAUUUCUCUUUCAAAAUGACCGGUCCGGCCGCCCAGUUCUGACUCUUAGCCUCCAGGCCUCGGUUGUUCAAACGUUGGAUAGCGCUAUCCAGCGGAUAAAUCACUAUCCAGCGUAUAACGCAACUGUUUCCCGUAAUACGUAUCUGCUGGAUAGUGAUUUAUCCGGUGGAUAGCGCUAUCCAGCUUUUGAACAACCUUGGCCAGGACAAAGGCGAGAAAAAUACAGUAUUUGUCGGUCAAAAAAUCCUCAAAAAUUAAAAACAUUCAGUUUUCUUCUUCUUCCUCGUUUCGUUGCCUUAAGAAUCAGUUUUCUUCAGAAAAAUUCGCGUUGUUCACUUUUCGAUUUCUUUUUUCAGAGUUGGAAUAAUCCUUUCCUGAAGUGGAAUCCGGAUGAUUAUGGGGGUGUAAAGUUUAUAAAUAUUGAUCCAAAACUCAUUUGGAAGCCGGAUAUUGUUCUUUACAACAGGUAGUAUAUAUCCUCCUUUUCCUUCUUUGUACUAUUUAUCAUUUAAAUGUCGCGAGUGUUUCAAAAUUUUUACUUACAAUCAGCGACAAAAUUGUCGAGACACCGUUAACUGGGGUAUAUUUUCGAGAGCAAAUCAGCCUGGACCCCUCCCUCACCUCUCCAUUCAAAGUGUGGUUAUUUGUUUAUUUUAAUUUAUUUUAUUUUACUUUAUUAGCUUCGCCUAUUACUGAGCAAUGAAUAAUAAAUGCUUAAUAGGCAGGGGUGCCACUAGCCUGCAAACCGCAGACGUAUUUCCGGUCGUCGCUUCUCUUAAUUUUCGGAGGCAAAGAAGCGACGACCGGAAAUACGUCUGCGGUUCGCAAGCUAGGGUGCCACAACAGCGGUGAGCCAAUUACACUGGGGCCGAUGCCAAGCCUAAAAUGCAAAACACAUUCUUAAGAGGGGGUGGGACCUGGAGAGGAAAUAAAGCUUCAUUUGGUUUCUUUUUGAAGCAGGUACAAUGGUAACUCUCGCCUUGCGGACACCCCACUAUAAUGGACACCCCGAUAUAGUCAACUCCCUUUAUAGCGGACACUCUAGGGGCCAUGAGUUAGUGUCCUCAUUGGCGAGAGUUCGUAAUAAAUGGAGUUUAUUUCGGUCAAACGUCUGCAGUCAGAGAUGACUGUAUUACGGGCUCUCGAUAAUGAGGUUACUAACUCAAGGUCCCUACAGUGUCCUCUUUAAAGGGAGUUGACAGUAGAUAGUAAGCAGGUGAAAUAUGAUCGUUCAGGUGAAUGCAGUCAUGAAUAGGACUGUUUUUGAUAGUGACUGACGAUUCGACGAUAUGUGCGGAAGCCUCACAAUAGCUUUUAUUUUGUUUACGGUUUAGCAUUCAGAGCGACAGUGGGGAGAUGUACAAAUUCAACACCAAAGUGGUUAUCAACCACAACGGCUCUUGUCAAUGGUACGCACCAACGGAGGUCAAAACAGUCUGCAAAAUCGACAUCACUUAUUUCCCCUUCGAUCAGCAGCGCUGCAUUAUGGUCUUUGGAUCGUGGACCUAUACAAGUUCCUCGCUCAACCUCAAACUGGCUCGCAAAGAAGUGGACUUAUCGGGAUACAUUUUAAACGGUGAAUGGGAUUUGGUUUCUGCUGAAGCUGUGCGUAAUGUUGUCAAAUACAGUUGCUGUCCAGAUCCUUUUAUAGACAUCACUUACAACCUGACUUUGAGAAGAAGGGUCACGUUUUAUCUCAACAAUCUGAUCUUCCCGUGCGUUGCGCUAGCGAUUUUGACCGUUUUUGCGUUCUUCUUGCCACCCGAGGCAGGCGAAAGAAUCUCGUUGAUCAUAACUAUUCUUCUCGGUCUUACUGUUUACACUCUAAUCUUCACAGAGAACAUUCCACCGACUUCUGAAGUUACGCCGCUUCUGACUAAGUACUCCACGGCAAUCAUGGCUCUUCUGGGAACUUCUCUCGUUGUGUCUUGCUUGGUGCUCUGGACUUACCAUCGAAACCCAUCGACAAAAAUGUCUAUUUGUUUCAAUUUUGUGGUUUUCAAAUUCCUUGCCAAACUCCUUGGAGUGAAGUUUGAAUCAGAAGAAGCAUCAAAAGAGCAGCCAAAGCGAAAAUGCACUCCAGUCAUGGUUGGAGACCGCUGGCCAACAUAUUUUCCAGUUCAACGGCGCACUGUUAGUGAAAACGGGAAUGCAAGUCCCCGUCGCUCACCGAAGCAGAUCUCUCCGACUGACAAUGCUCAGGAAUUCGUUUAUCCCUCGCACAUUGAACGAAAAUUUGACCAAGUUAUCGCAAAGCUGGAAGCUGUAGCGAGUUCUCUGUCAGGCGAUCAGGAAGAGGAGAACAAGAAAAAGAAAUGGCAGACUGCUGCUCAAAUCAUUGACAAAUUUUUCUUUUGGUUGUUCACUAUUAUAGUGAUUGUGGUGACUGUGGUAAUGUAUUUUACGAUACCCAAGUACGAUUAGAAAUGGGGGAAUUUUUUAACUCCAGCAGCUAGUCAUACUGGAAAUGAAACAAAUCUAAUUUUGUGCCCAAACCCAUCACGAUUUGUAUGGUCACGACACUUAACCUAAAGAAUACCGUGUUCUUUACAUUAUAAUUGGUAAAUGUUAAGAGACCGAUUUGUUUGAUGAACAUCCAAAGUGAAAGGAAGCUAAGACCAUCGGCGUUUUAAACGACUAAGUGCGUCAGGUUUCACGUAGUACUCUUUUGCCCUUUUCGUAAAAUUAUAGAACCGCCAGAAUAAGCACAAUAUUUUUACAGUGCUUUUUACGGAACAAUAUCUUAGCCAUAACUUACACGAUCUCUUGUUUCGUUAUUUUCAAAUGGUUCUGUCGUCUUUAGGGGGAGGAAGGGUAAGGAUAUCGAUACCGUCGUAAUGGGUUUGCCGUCCAAAGACAAAUACAAGACCAUGUGGCAUCUGACGUGAAAAGAGUCCAAUUAUAUGAUCAGAAAUGAUGAUAAGAUUUAGUAUUCAGUUUUGGAAAAAAUGAGCACCGCUUAUAGCAAAAAAUGGUACGUUAACUAACACAGGCAAUUGAAAAGAGCCUUCUUGUAGCAAAAUCCUCUGUGGCAUACAUAAUGAUACUGAGGACGCUCAAAUUAGUUUCUUUUAUAUCAAAAAAAUAAGUUGAAUUGAAUGGAGGUCCAGCUAAACGUAGACUCGGAUUUACACAAG